AAUGCCUGUGGUAGAUCUUAAUCUUAGCUUUGACAGCGGGAAUUCCGGCCAAGAGAAUGCGACUGUUCUCAAUUUUGCUGAUGCGGAUUACGACUACGACGAUUACUCUUUCUUCAGUCUAGACGAUACGGAAGGCAAGAUUAAUGUCUCGAACUCGCAGACUUCGCGCAUUCAGAAGCGAAACAUUGAUGGCAUUCCUGAUCCCAGCAUUGGCCUGUACCCAUCCGACUAUUGUGACAUUGUCAAAGAGAUCACGAAGAGUGCUUGCUUCGAAACCUCUUUAUUGGAGAUGUGGGCUGCCGACCAGUACGGCUUCGUCACUCGCGAUCUCAUUAAGAACCUAACUUUGGAUGACGUGCUGUCUAAAGUGAACAACCCUUACGGCUUCAGUGAGGUUUUCAAACGCCCCACUGACUUCACACAAUACUUGGGGGAUAUCACGAGGAAUUCAACCGGACACAUUGUUGGGGCCCGAGCCACGUUUAUCCGCUUCUUUGGUCAAGUCAACAUUAGUGCCAUCUCGGACCAAGAUCGAGCUGCUACUGGCAAAGGGCAACCGGUGGACAGUGCCACGUUAGAAUUCGAGGGUGGCCUUCUUUCUGCCCUACGUGAUGGCAUUCUUCAUUCCAAUCCUAACAUUACUGUUCUCAUUAACGUGGCAAGAAGUUUCAAUGAUCUCUCACAAAAGGUCAUCAAUACGGACGCUCUCCUCUUUGGCUGUGGAUUUUCGAUUGUCUUCAUUUAUGUCCAGCUCUCGUUAGGCAAAAUGAAUUUCGUGGAACAACGGCCUCUGCUAUCUGGCGUUGGGAUCGCAUGCAUCGCCUUGACCGUGUUCUCAACUUAUGGGAUGUGCUCGCUCUUUGGCUUCGUUUUUAGCCCCAUGCACAACAUAAUCCCGUUCUUAUUACUAGGAAUUGGCAUCGACGAUAUGUUCGUCAUCUGCCAGAGUCUGGAUAAUCUUUCUCCGGACUUGGACGUGGACAUCACCACACGCAUUGCCUUGACCAUGAAGCACGCAGGAGUAGCCAUUACUGUUACCUCGGUUACGGAUAUCACCGUUUUCGCCAUUGGAGCCACCACAGUUUUACCGGCGUUGAGAUCUUUCUGCGUGUUCUGCGCCGUCGGAAUUUUAGUGGUGUAUAUUUUACAAGCCACAGUAUUCGUGGCUGUGAUGAGCAAAGACACCCAUCGGAUCGCUCAAAGAAGGAAUGGCUUCUUGCUAUGCUACACCCAUACGAACUGGACACCCAAACCCUGGACUCAGAAGAACUAUCUUCAAAGCUUCUUCUUUAGAUUCGCCAAGUUCCUCAUGAUCCCAUUCGUCAAGUUCGCUAUCAUCUCUUGUACAUUGGUACUACUUGGCUGGGGCUCCUACGGCUUGUACAUGCUCAGACAGGAGUUCAACCCAAUUUGGUUCAUUCCACCCGAAUCUUACCUAAGCCAGUGGUUUUCGGCGAAUGAAAAGUACUUUCCAAAAGAAGGCGAACGAGUUACCAUCAACAUUGGUCCCAUUGAUUACUCGGAUGAGUUAUGGAAGAUCGACCUCCUUGUUGAUAAGCUCAAAAACGAGACGGCCAUCGUGUCGAGUGUGGAUUCUUGGUACUCGGACUUCAAGGAUUACAUGGAGAAGAACGACUUGGUGCAAGACUUUUUUGAGGCAUUUCACGUGAACCAGACAGAGUUCUAUUUUCGAUUAACACAAUUCCUAUUCAGUCCCACCGGAGCCAAGUACCGGACCAAUUUUCAGUUCGACCAAAGCAUCAUUUGUGGUCAGAUCUCUCCCAAUGUUCAACUGUCCACAAUCAAAUUCACGCACCAUCUCUUCGAUGGACCUUCGGAACAUAUUCCAGCCAUGAAUCGGAUCAAGGCCAUUGUCGAAUCUGUGAAUUUCUCGAGCAGAGCGUUCGCCGUGGCUACAGAGUACGCCUCUUGGGAAACAGAUGAGAUCAUUGCGGAUGACACCAUUCGAAAUCUCGUUCUCUCCGUUGUCUGUGUUUUCAUCACUACGUUGCUGCUCAUUGGAAAUUUCAAGGCGUGUGUCCUUGUUUUGAUUUCUGUUCUGAUGACAUUGGUCAAUGUCAGUGGGUUCAUGCACUUCUGGGGUUUGACCAUCGAUGUUGUCUCUUGCGUUAAUUUGGUCAUCGCUGUCGGGUUAUGUGUGGAUUACUCGGCCCAUAUCGCACAUGCUUUUAUGACUUGUUCAGGAACGAAAAAUGAACGUACAAUCCAAGCCCUAAGGGACAUUGGUCCCGCCGUUUUUAACGGAGGUAUGAGUACCUUCCUUGCUUUUAUUCUUACGGCAACCUCACAAUCCCACGUGUUCGCCACGUUCUUCAAGAUAUUCUUCUUGGUUGUUGUUUUUGGGCUUUUCCAUGGUCUGGUAUUUUUACCAAUCACCUUGAGUUUUUUUGGUCCAGAUCCGUUGGAUCAACAUAAAUCCGAAGGUUCCAAUUUUUAUUCCAAACAGAAUCCCUCACCUGUCGACUUGCUGUCCGUGAAGAAACUUCCUGGACACGACAAUCCCAAUUUUGAGGGUUAGUGCCCGGCAAACUAAACCUAGAGGACAAAAUCUAAUGCAAAUGCUAUUCAUACUGUCACUCAUCCAUGUACCUGUUCGACUACAAUCUAGACGCGAAUGAAUAAAUCUCAAAGAAAUGUUAUUCAAAAG